AAUCGAAGCUCUGCGCGUCUCAACGUCGAAAUUAGGAAAUUUGAAACGAUCUUGUCCUUUCCGCUAAGGUAAGGUCAACGCGUUGUGAUAGCGUGAAAUUGUAAAAAAGCCAAGGAAUAGCUCGAGUUCCACGUCUGAUCAAAUUUUAAGAUUCCUGUGCCGGUCUGAAGCUCCCCUAAAAUGCCUAAUACAUUGGGCGGAUCAAAAUCUAAAUCGAAGGAAAAGCUGUAGGAGAUCCUUAUCAGAGCGCAAGAAGCAGACUUGCUGCCGAGGUUUGCAAAGAAUUCAAGGAUCGUGAUUUGUGGCUCUUUGAAAAUAACUUAAGUUUUGGGUACUACUUAGUAGUUCCCUUUAAAUCGGAGACAAAAAUCUGACAAUUCGAACUUUCGCUCGCACCUCUUCAAAAACAGGGAAUCUAUUGUAGUCAGUGCUACUGUAGGAGAGUCUAAAACCAACAAAAUGGCGCCGAAGAAGGACGAAGCCCCAAAGGUCGUCGAGGCCCCGAAGCUCGGACCCCAGAACGUAUUUGUGUUUUUUUUAAAAAAGAUUUUCAUUUCAUGCGGAUUUUUUUGUGGCGACCGCCACCGCGACAGUUCCCACUCGCUAGUGGGCGCUUGAUUUUUUGUGUAGUUGCAGUACAGGCUGUAUACUAGCACCAAGAAGUGUAAUUUGUCAUGCUGUUUUUACAUCAAAACUAAAUCUAUCCCACAGGUCGGCCCGAAUGAGGAGGUUUUCGGCGUUGCCCACAUCUUCGCGUCCUUUAACGACACCUUCAUUCACGUCACGGACUUACCAAAUGUAAAAAUGUCUGGGUCUGGAAGAAUGCAACUUGUAAUGCGUAUUUCAGAACACAGAAAAGUCUCUCAUGCAUACGUAGCAAAAGCUCCCACUUUUUGCCAGCAAAAUAGGGGACUUGUCAUGCGGAUUCGGCAUUGCGGAAGGUUCUCGAAACCUGUCAUGCUAGAGCUUCCAUGCCAGACCUUCUGUGUCAUGCAAAAACAGCAUGACUCUUCCAGAUCCAGACAUUUUUACACUUGAUAGGACUGCUCCGGUCGCGAAACCUUCUGCCGCAUCACCGGUGGUAUGAUGGUCAAGGCCGACAGGGAUGAGUCGUCUCCGUACGCGGCGAUGCUCGCGGCCCAGAACGUCGUUACCCGCUUGAAAGAGAUCGGUAUUCAAUUUUGUCAGUCAUGCAUUACAAAUUUUUUUCUCAAUGUAAGUCCGCAUUACAAAUUUCAUUUCUCAUGCUGAGGAAGUUUGUAAUGCAUUUAUACGAGUGCGAUGCUUUUGGUUUUGCAAUGCGUAUUGUGGUCUUGUAUGACAAAAGUUUAGCGUCAUUCCGCCACGCCAACAGGGGUGGUCACAGACCUGAGCAGGUUGCGUACUAUUCGCUGUGAGGAAUUUUUGUUGAACUAUCUCUGGAAGAAGAAAGCUGCACGCUGAGAGAAUCAUGACUAGACGGAGUCGAGCAUUAGUAUUGUAUGCGAUUGUAAACAUGCGAUGAACGAAUUUCGGUGGUGUCCAAAUUAUCAUAUCACACGCACCCGGUCUUGAUCUUCUGCGAAUAAUACCAAGUUGCGAACCGACGAUUAAUCCCUUACACGUUUCUUUUUAAAAAACUUCAGGUGUGACCGCUCUGCACGUGAAGCUGCGCGCCACCGGUGGCGUCAAGUCCCGCUCCCCGGGUCCGGGUGCCCAGCACGCGCUCCGCGCGCUCGCCCGUAACGGCAUGAAGAUUGGCCGCAUCGAGGACGUCACCCCGAUCCCGCACGACACCACCCGCAAGGCCCACGGUCGCCGCGGUCGUCGUUUGUGAGUUUGCUGUUGCGCAACAUCACGAAAACCUUACAUUCGGAAGAUUAUACGGGACGAGAAGGUGGAGAUGGACUGCAGAUUUUUGUGGGAUUGUGUUGUUGUUGUUGUUGUGUCUGUUUGUUCGCAGUAGAUGCAGCUGCAAAAGAACUAAAAAUCUGUAGGAGUUUUCAUCUACUCACCUCCGUGAUCUCAGUGGACCAUGUGAAAGAACACUAGACUCUGAAAAUUGUUGGUCUUGGACUCUGACUCUUCUACAAAAAAGACACAGCUGUACUACAAGGUCGGCCACGGACUGUCUUCUUGACUCUACUUGUCCUGGCUCGGCGCGAGACUUGCGAAUUUCGUUGAUGAGUGUUCCUUUGGAAUCAACAGCAGAG